AGGAGGGUCUGCCCCAACCACCACACACACCUAACACAGGGGGAGAGGGAAGGAGGGAGGUAGAGGGAGAGAGAGACAGAGAGGGAGAGAGAGAAAGAGCAGUGCUGUUUACAGUGUAAUAUACAGCCAAACGAGAAAGAACUUGUUUGGAAGAGUGGUGUCAUUCCUUUUGGAGACCAGGAGGUGGGUCUGGAAAAGAGAAGUUAGAACACUCUUACUGAGAACAGAGAUUGGAGAAAAGAAGAACAAAAACUUAAAAGAGGAAAUUCUUACUAACAGCUGUUUCAACAAGACAAGCACAUAAAAUGGACAACAGUAGCAGCAAGCCAUUUAUGGUGACCUCCUCGCUGAAUUUCAAAGUCACCACCCCCUCCUUCUACAACCAGCCAAAGAAGUUUGCCUCCGUAGCACCUCCACGACCCAAGAGCCAGACCCCCCCCUCGGGCCCAUCACCAACGCCAGCCAGCACCGCGGUGAUCGGGCGAGUGGGAGACCUGCCCCCUCCUCCACCGACAAUAUGUGACGAAUUUCCACCUCCACCCCCUCCUCCACCUGCGGAUGACGACCUGCCAGCGCCUCCCCCUGAGUUUCACCUGUCAGUGUCAGGUGAUGCCCCCGCCUUCCCUGCCCCUCCCCCCGUGGUGGAUGACUUGCCCCCUCCUGUUGAUGAUCUGCCCCCUCCAGCUCUGUUCGAGGGCAGCGUGCCACCCACCUGCCCCUCGCCCCCUCCUCCUCCUCCACCCCCUCCACCUCUCCCAGCCUCCAAUACCACUGUGCCAAGCAACGUAGUGAGACCAAUAGAGAAGCAGACGAGCUUUGAUAAGCAGCUGGAUUCUCUGACUGACCUGUUGUCUGAAAUGGAGACGAGGGGACCCUUCAACCCAAAGUUACCCAACCAGUAUUCAUCAGCUCCAGCCCCUAAACCCUCCGCUCCUCCUCCCACUGCUCCCAAACCUGUGCUGUCCUUCCUCCCUCCUCCAGAGAUGGGCGACCGACCGCCUCCUGCUCCCUGGGCCGAAGAACUCAAAGCCAGGACCACCAAUCGGCAAGGCAGCCCUGCACCCCCCGUCGUCCCCAAAACCGCCUACGGGGGAAAACCCUCAACUUCAGCAGCCUCUUUAGCACAAAAACUGAACCAGAGUUUAAACCAGAACAGCGGGCCGAUUAGUAGCGCACAGAGAACCAGUCCAUCACCAGCUACCAAUACAUUCCCUCCCCCUCCUGCAGCACCGCCCGCAGCUCCUCCCGCGGCUCCUCCUGCAGCUCCACCAGCACCCACAAGUCCUUUCAACAAAAAUAAUGCCACUAGCGCUCCCUCCAAUCACACUAGAGCAUCUCCGUUUGGUAGUCAACUUAACGCAAACCAAAACGUUGCUGUUCCUCCUCCUAGUGCUCCUCCUCCUAGUGCCCCUCUAACCAAGACGGUGACCCCGCCUUCAGCAUCCUUUAACCAGCCAAUGAAAAGUCCCCCCUCGUCAACGCCCUCUGUCCCUGGUAACAUCGGAGGAGCCCCUCUGAACAUGAGGGAGGUGGAGGAAUUGGAGAGGAUGACACAGGACUUCAUGAAAAACAUGGACGCACAUGCCCCAGUCAUCACCUCCCCUCCUACAGAGGUUUGUGGUAAAUGUGGUGAUGCGCUGUCCCGCACACAGCCUGCAGUGAGAGCCAUGGACAAGCUCUUUCAUUCCAACUGCUUCUGCUGCAUGAGCUGCCAUCGCCCCCUGCAGGGCAUGCAGUUCUACGACAGGGACGGCUCCCCUGAGUGUGAAGACUGCUACAUGAACUCUUUGGCGGUGUGCUCCAGAUGUGGAGAGAGGAUCACAGACCGUGUGCUCAAAGCUGUCGGACAGUGUUUCCAUGCUCAGUGUUUCCGCUGCAGCACCUGCUCCUGCGUCCUGGAGGGGGCGCCAUUCAUCACCGAUGACAACAACAACCCUUACUGUGUUCAGGAUUACCACAGGCGUUUCUCUCCUCUGUGCGUGAGCUGCAAUGAGCCCAUUAUUCCAGCUCCAGGUAGCGAGGAGACAGUUCGAGUGGUGGCCCUCGACAAAAACUUUCAUCUUAAGUGUUACCGAUGUGAGGACUGUGCCCGCCCUCUCUCCAUUGAGGCUGAUGAAAACGGCUGCUAUCCUCUGGACGGAAAGAUCCUGUGUAUGAAGUGCCACACCCAGCGAGCCAAGCGAGCGGCGUAGAGGGGCCCGUCUGUGCCACUCAGUGAAACUCUGAACCAAAUCAGAUCUGCCUUUACACAGUGAGAGAGCACAGGGAGUGAGUGGCUGAAUGAGAGGAUGCAUGCUGAAUUACUGUAGUAUUUCCCAGUCCCACUUCAGUGCAGAGGUAAUGUACUGCAUUGACCUGGUGUCCCUUUGUGAAAAUGUCAAAAACUCUUGAUGUGGCCAUUAAAGACAUACUACGGAACAUUCCAACUCAAUAAAUGACGCUAAUGGCACUAAUCUCAUUGCCAUUUAAAGUAAUCAUUGGCCCCUUGCAGUUUCUUCAGUAUUUUCAAAAGCAUUGUCUGUAUUUUUGUACUAUUACUCCAUUGCCUUUGAUUGCGCCCACUCACUGUUGUUUUCAUUUGAUAAACAUGGUAGAAUAAUUUGUGUUUUUUGCAAAUAAACUAGACAAAUAGCACAAGUAAUUCAUGUUUUUAUUGCUGGAAAAAAGUCUCUGAGCAGGCUCACCUCUCUAGAUCUAACUCGUAAAUUGGCCUGCUGCUUUGGCCUGUAUGUUCUCCUUCUUCAUGUUCAUAUUUUAAUAAUCCAUAAAAACUACAUCGUCUCUGAAUAGUUUAAUGUCAGUAUUUAUGUGUCAGUGUUCUGUGAAAGUUUAGCUGGUUACACAUCCUGGAAUGUCCCGCAGUAUGGCUUUAACGGCCAUAUGGUUUCUCCUGUGCCAAUUGUAUGUUUACUCUAAAAGCAUAACUUGCACAAAAGGUUUGAUCUAAAGAACACUCCUAUAAUAAAAGUUGCCUUUGUUAUCGUCGCAUCAGUGUGUCGGCUUAGCUUGGCGUAGCGGACCAACGAAAAACGCCAUUAGGGCUCUAACUGCUCUGCAAAUCAAUGUAAAUUUAUGAAUGUUGCUGUUUUUCUGUGACGUGAAGAGGGUUAGAAAUGCAAACCAGCUUUGUUUUGAAUAAAAUUAAAGGGGACAUAUUAUGCAAAUUUAGCUUUUAUGAGGUUUUAACAAUUUUAAAUAACAUUAGUCUCGCACCAUUAGCUCUUUAAGCGUUGUAUUUGAUUGAUUCGCCCCCUAAAAAAACCUCCUACUCCUGCUCUUUAUCUCCGCCCACUUCUCUCUAGUUACAAAUUCAGACGACGGGUCAUUUAUGUACGGUUAAAAAUAUUUUUCAAUGGUAAUACUUGAGAAUUUCCUACUUCCUAUCCACUGUGAAGAAGCAGUGCCUAUCAGUUCCGCAGUGUUAAAGAGGAAGUCAUUUAACCCAUUGUAUUAUUAAGCUGUUUUAAAUCAGUAUUACAGUUGAACAAAAAACUAAAUAAUGAUCUACAGUACGUGUUAUAGUUUAAUAUUGAAAACUUGAACAGCAUAAAAGCAUAAUAUGUCCUCUUUAAAGAAUAAAUAUGUGGCGCAAAAUACACAUUGUUAUUAAAUUGAGAUGCAUGACGAUAUAAGAACAAACUAAAUGAACAAACGAAAGCACAGAUUUUCUAAAGAACAAUUAUAGAAAACAUUGCUAGAGCAUUGCAUGGCAUAAAUGGGACCUAUCGAGGAGAUUUGAUAUAAGUCAUAUGUUUUAUAAGCAUUUUCCAUAAUUGCUUUAAUAUUUUAAUGUGUACGUUCUAAUUUGUGUAUGGUCAUUUCCAAAAACAACAUACUGUUCCAAUGUUAAGGAGCUCAAGGAAUAAAACUCAUAAGACCAAAUAUUUGAAAUUUGGAGGAAAAGGGUAUAUCAAAACAUAACCUUUUUUUCUUAUUUGUUUUGUGAAUCCAGUAUUCUUGAUUGCCACAAAUUGUACCACUAUUCUGGAGUCUAUGUUGUUAAUGUGUAAUUGUGUUAUUGUACGGUAUUAUGUUUCUACCUAUUGUGUUGUUAUCUUUUAUUGGGCAAUGUGCCUUUUUCACUGCCUUAUUUCUUUGCUUACUUAAAGGAGCACUGUGUAACUUUUCUGGUGUAGGAUGAGCUACCCAUUUGUCUCCAUGGAGAUGUAAUUGCUUUGCCUUGAAUAUUCCACAGUAUGGCAUUAAACUUACUCAGCAUGCAUUUAUCUAAUUAUGGGUGUUUUUAUUGCUCAAAAAUGCCUUGAAAAACAUGCCUUGGGUUGCCACCUGAUUGUGUUACCUGCUUGUCUCUAGGGAGAUGGACUCCACCAGAAAUGUUACACAGUGUACCUUUUUAAAAAGUUGUUAUCUAGUAUCAAACUGUUACUUAUGCUUUCAUUGUCUGGUGCAGCCAACCCAGAACCACAAUACAACUAUAAUUCAACGCCAUCUGCUGGCUGUAGACGGUAGCAUUUUCCUUAUUGCUGUAGCAGCUGCUUGUUUUAUUAUCAAUUCUUUAUCAUGAGAUUAUGUGACCAUCAAGAUGCCUUUGCUAUUACCGUACUUUUAUUUGUUGUGACAUUUAUAAAUUGUGUUUUCAUAUCUGUGGAUUUGUACAUCCAAAAAAUAAUGUAGCCUCAACCUGCGCUUUUUGGCUGUAUUAAAUAAAAAAUAAUCUGCUCUUAAA